CAAAGUAAACAUCAGUUACCAAAAAACUCCUGGAAUAUGUAUAGCUUCAAGAACUUCUGCCUUUGCCUAGUGCUUCCUCUCAUGUGGACUUCGGUCACUGCUAACACUCCAAUUAGACAAUGUGCCGACAGCAGCUAUCCUCAACCCCUGAUGGUGCAAAUCGAUAAUUGCGACGCCUUGCCCUGUGAUUUGUGGAAGGGAACCGAGGCCAAGAUCGACAUCCAGUUUGUUGCCAAUCGCAAUACUAUGAAAAAGUUAACGGCCGAAGUGCACCUGACCUCACUGGGAGUGACCAUUCCCUAUGACCUGGAAGCCUCCCGCGGCAACGUGUGCUCCAACCUGCUCCAUGGAGCCUACUGUCCCCUGGAUGCUGGCGAGGAUGUGACCUACCAGUUGCUCCUCCCGGUGACCAAUAACCAGCCCGAGGUGCCCACGCGCCUGGAGGUGCGUCUCCUGGACUCCGAUAAUGGAAAUAGUGUUGUCUCCUGUUUCCUGGCCGACACACGGGUCAAGAAGCCCAGUUCGGGGGCUUAG